UCCAUAGGUCAGCGACUGAGUUAGAGGCUCUGUUGAACCUUCGGGUGAGAUACAAAGUAGUCACUUUGCACACGGAGAUAUGGAAGGGGGCAUAAAUGCGGGUUGUUAAUACCGCUAUUUCUAGAUACCGGGUACAGGCCAUUCUGCAGUUGUGUCUCGAUUCGACAGGCGUAAUCAUGAACUUCCAGAAAUACGUCAAGUUCCUAUUCUGCAUCUUCGUCGUUCUGUUGGCAGUUACCGCCGCACAACCUAACGGCCCCAGGAUCGAAAAUUCGGAAGAUGUCGAUGUCGAGAAAGUUCGAGAGACUCGAGGAGUCCUGGAUUUCCUGUUAGGAGGUUUCAAGUCUUGCGGCGGAUGUCAAUGCGGACGACCGAAUCGUGGUGGGGCAAGAAUUUUGGGCGGCGAGUAUACCGAAACCCACGAGUUUCCAUGGCUGGCCAAUGUCCACGUAAAAUCAAAACUAGUUGUUAGCGGGGUCUUGAUCAACGAUCGAUAUGUCAUUACCGCCGCCAGCCAGCUCAUUGCAGCCACAGCACCAGAGAUCAAAGUGUCUUUGGGUGAAUACGACCGUUGCCACUUGGACAUAUCAUCGAGCAAUGUAAGCGUGGAAACGGUGAUACCAUUCCCGGAAUUCAACCCCGAGUCUCGAGGCCACGAUUUGGCUCUACUUCGCCUUAGUCAACCGACAAAGUUUGAAAGGAGGAUUUCACCGGUCUGCAUGCCUAAUCCAGGGUCCACUUAUUUAGGGCAGGUAGGAACUCUCUCCGGCUGGAUCGAAGGCAAGACUGUGGAUGCUUCCGAGUCGAGAACAUGUCGACCCCGAAAGCUGGGUCUUCCGAUUCUGGGAUACAAUGAGUGCAUCAAGUCUGGAGUCAGUCUAGCAAGUUUCCACGAUGAUUCCGGGUGCAUUGGAGUGAUCGGCGGAAACUCUCUCGUGUGCGAAAACGACGUUGGCUCAUCCGUUCUCUAUAGAUCAUACUUCGGCGUCUACGAUCUUGUCGGCAUUAUCUCGGACGUGAAUAAAUGCAACGACCAACCAGCGGGUGCUAUAAAGAAGUGUAACGGGCAGUGGGAAGACAAACUACCAAGCGGGGUUCAUAAAUUGAGGAUAACACGUGAUAAAAUCCCUGUCCGUAGUUGCGGGAGUAACGAAAGCGUCGAUAUUCAAGAAAGGUCCCAGGUUGAUCAAAUAUGCGGGUUGUUUUACUAUUCGGUGAAAGUAAUGAAACAAUUGUUCAUUAAACCGGCGAUUCAGUGUGCGGAGGUCCCAUUUAUGAAAAAACGUUUUAUAACAAUGAUACUUGUGAGUCUUUUCGCGACGCUGUCACUCCAGCUACUCUGCCUUGUACAGGGUUUGAAUUCGGCUUCAAAAUAUGUUCAUCGAACAUCGAGGCAGUUAGAUAAUUCCUACGGAAGUCCAAGCUACAAGCACUGCGAAUGCGGGAGAUCAAAUUCCUACAGAGAGCAGGGGGGCUAUACAAGAGUGGUUGGCGGCGUCAAGGCAUCGCCGAACGAAUUUCCCUGGAUGGCGAUGGUCGUCGCUAAUGGUUCCAAUCUUGUCUGCGGCGGAUCCCUGAUAAACGAUCGCUACGUCCUUACGGCAGCACAUUGUUUGGCGUUGGGUUUUAGUCAAGCGGAGACAAAGGUGGUGCUUGGUGAGCAUGAUCGAUGUACGGCUGACUCUCGCACGGUGAUACUUUCCGUUGAAAAGUUUUAUCCGCAUCCACAAUUCCAGAAGAACACGAACCAUGCUGACGCAAUGCUCAUUCGGCUGAACAUGAGAGUCACAUUCAACGAGUUCAUCAGGCCAAUUUGUUUGCCGAAAAUGAGUACGUCGAUAAAGGGCUCGGCCUCAUACAACCCAUUGGAACAAAAAUUGUUAUUUGGUACUUUGUCUUUAUCGCUGCUCCGAUCAGAGCCGGAAGUUUAUAACUUCAAAUUUGGAGUAGAAAAUCGUUCAGGCAUCAGCAAUUCAAAUUGUCUACUGCAACGAAGCACGGCAUCACGGUUUGCUGGAAAGACGGCCUUAACGUUGGGCUGGGGCCGCGCUGACCAUGGUGUAACAGUUUGCUCCCUGCGGGUCGUAGCUUUGGAAAUUUAUGAGACACAAUCCUGUCCUACCAAAAUACCGACGCUACUCUGCGCCGGAUCUCACUCAGCUGCGGGUCGCGACGCUUGCCAGGGCGACAGCGGUGGUCCACUGCAGGUCCGGAAUGAUGAUCGUAAAUUUGAAUUAAUCGGUGAGUUACAUAGCGGAAGUAGAUAUAUACUGAGAAAUUCCGUUCUCAUAAAAAUACAAAUUCCGUACUCAAAUAUUCAUACAGAGAUUCAAAGCCAAGUCUUAAACAACCUGAAAAAGAUACUCAACAACCAUUUACUUAUACUUCAGAGAGAUUACAACGGCGCGAUAUUCAAACUGCUAUCAGUCACGAAACACGUUGCCUUGGUAAUAAUUGCUGUAAGGAGAAAUGGGAUGAGAAGAUGCAGAGAGGGGAUGGAGUUCGGUAGACGUAAGGUGGGGCAAGGAAAACGGGGAGAGGGAGUCAUCACCUUGGUGCAGUUUAUUCGCCACAUUAGCACCAUGAAAUGGAGGGCAGGGUUGUUCGCGAUAUGGUCUUUGUUGAUACAUCAGGUGGUCGAGUGCCGGAGUAGCUUUCAACCUAAAGUCAUUAAUCCGGAAUGUGAGUGCGGAGUUUCCGGUGAAGGAAUCGCCAACCGUAUCGUGGGUGGAGAAAUGUCUGUGCCACACACUCUCCCUUGGGUCGCAGCGAUCUUCAACCAAGGUUUAUUGCACUGCGGCGGAACCCUUAUAAACGACCGAUACGUCCUUACUGCUGGACACUGCGUGAAAUGGACAAAACACAACGAUCUAACCGUAGGGCUUGGAAUGCACGACAUCGAGAAUCGAAAGGAAGGCAUCGUGUUGCGCAUAAAAAAUGUGAUUCUUCACAAUAAGUUUCGGAGCGAUUUCUUACACGACACGAAUGACAUCGCCCUGCUUGAACUCGAGCACCCCGUCCAGUACAGUGAAAACGUCCAACCAGUUUGUCUUCCCUACAAAGGAUUGGACUACACCGAUCACAAGGUCAGGGUCACCGGAUGGGGCAGAGUCAACACUACUACUGGUGCUUCCAGGUUCCUCCGUCAAGCUGAGCUGAAAAUCAUGCCUUGGCCGGACUGUCGUAAUACGUCAAUCGGCAACCAUCUGAGCAGGUCUAUGAUCUGUGCGUACAAUGAUGAUACGGACGCCUGUCAGGGCGACAGUGGUGGCCCUCUGCUCUUCAAGAGAGAGGACGACAAGUAUGAAUCUAUUGGGGUUGUGUCUUGGGGAAUAGGAUGUGCCCAACGUGGCAUACCGGGUAUUUACGCCAAGACUACUGACUACAUGGAUUGGAUAAUGGCCAGUACCUCAAACGCCAUAUAUUGCACCGACAAUUAACUAGGUAGAAGUCUGACGACUGAUGCGACAAGUAAAAGUGUGAAAUAGUACCUAUUGUUGUUGUGAUUGUUAAUAGUGCGAAGAAAAUAAAGUUAGGCCAAUAUCAAGUGUUUUAUUAAACGGUGCGACGUGGCGGUGACGAGACGCUCUUGAGUUUCUUUGAAAUGGCUGCAAAGAAAAGUGCAGUCAGAGAAAAGUGAUUGGAACUAAAAUUCUAACAAGGAAUGUGAAAUAAUAUGUAUGCAUGGACAAAAUUCCGUCUUGACGAUGACAAUAAUAAAGAUAUUAGAAUAGCACGGAAGAAACAAAGAUGGUCUGAGCCUUGUGCUUGAUUUUUACACGGCCUAAGGUACAAACGCUGAGCAAAG